CAGAAACCCCAGAAGAUUUUUAGGAAUUUCACACAAGAACUCCUCAGUCAGCACUGGGGUACAGGUGGCAAUUAGCUCGGCUAGAGGGGAGGAAAAGACAGCGUAAUUUCUUUUUACUGCUGUGACUAAUUAGUUUGCUAAUGACGCAUUCUUCUCUGCAUCCUCCGUGGAUGGCAGUGAUCCUUUGGGUCCCCCAGGUCCGUGGGGUGUGGGCCUGCGUGCGCUCCUGCCCCCCCAGCUGCGUGUGCACCCCGGAGAGGAGCUGCUCCGUGCUCUGCGACCGCGCCGGGCUGGGGCAGAUCCCCAGCCAGUUCCCCUGCGAGGCCUCCUCCAUCAACCUGGAUAAAAACAGCAUCAAGUUCCUGUCUGAGAGGGCCUUCGGGACGCUGCCUUCCCUCAAGUCCCUGUCGCUGAACCACAACAACAUCUCCUUCAUCACGCCGGGGGCGUUCAAGGGGCUGCCCAGCCUGACGGAGCUGCGCAUGGCCCACAACGAGUUCAUCCGCUACCUGCACACGCGCACCUUCACCGCGCUGCGCCGCCUCGUCAGGCUGGACCUGGCCGACUGCAACCUCUUCAACAUCCCCGACAGGAUCUUCAUCGAGCUGCCCGCUCUGCAGGAGCUCUUCUGCUUCCAGAACAACUUCCGAAGGAUCCCGGGCGCCAUCAGGGGCAUGGAGAACUUGACCCACGUGUACCUGGAGAGGAACAGGAUCGAAGCGGUGGCCUACAACUCCCUGCAGGGCCUGAGCAAGCUGAAAUACCUGAAUCUGCAGGACAACAAGAUAAAUGUCAUCCACGAGCGAGCUUUUCAGGGCUGUCAGAGGAUGGAGUACCUGUACCUCAACGACAACUUGAUCAGCGAGCUGCCUGAAAACUCCUUUGACGGCCUGAGGCGCCUGAAGAUGCUCAACCUGGGGGGGAAUUUUCUCAGGAACAUUUCCAACACCUGGUUCCGGGACUUGGGGGAGCUGGAGUUCCUCUACCUGGACCGCAACAGGAUCAGCUACAUCGAGGAAGGGGCUUUUGAGAACCUCACCAGCCUGGUGGCCCUGCACUUGAACAGCAACAACCUGACGACGCUGCCCUUCUCGGUGUUCGAGCCCGUGUACUUCCUGGGCCGCCUGUACCUCUUCCGCAACCCCUGGGAGUGCGACUGCCGCCUGGAGUGGCUCAAGGAGUGGAUGGAGAACUACCGGCUGGUCAGGGACAUUCCGUGUGCCUCCCCCUCCUCCGUGGCGGGCACCGACCUGACGGACGUGCUCUUCGAGAGGUCUCCUGAAGGGUUCUGCCUCGACCCGCUGGAGCUCAACGUCACGUCCGAGGGGCCCACCCCCAGCCAGGAGCCUUGGUCUACCACGGAGAGCAAGUUCAACAGCCUUAUCUCCAAACUGCUGCUCCAGAUGGGCCUUCCCGAGGAGGUGGCAAACGCCACCGAAGUGUACAGUAACAGCACGCAGCCGGCCGGACUGACCGAAGGGGUUUCUUCUGGCACGGGGGAAGGCAGAACCGAGGCUGGCUCCUGUUCCUGGUACCUCCCUGCACUUUGUACAGUGGCUCUUCUGCUGUGCAAAUAGUCCAAGGGCUGGAUGGAGCAGCGGUUCUGCUUAAGCAUUAAGACCCUGCACCUACUUAGUCGUCAGAGAAAAGUUUUACUGUGGGCCUGUGAUACAUAACGGGCUCCAAACUCUUCCAGUUUGGGUUCAUUGGAUCUGGCUCCAGAUUCCUCUGGGAGCUGGUGAGAUCUGGGUCCAACUCUGGGUGACAAACCUGCCCUGUGGGUGUCCCAGAGCCUCCUGGAUGCUCACAGGGAGAUGAGCAGCACGAAGAUUGAGUUUUGCCUAGAGGUGUGUGCUGUUCCCUGCUGGGAGUGGAGGGAAGAGGGGUCUGUCUAUGGGGUGUUUGUUCCGUCCAACUCGUGAGAGCAAGAUGUUCCACGGUGACUCAGCUUCAGGAGAGCAAGAUGAGGCUGCAAAACCAGAACCCUCUUCAUGUCCUGACAGACACCCACACCCACGGCAGGCACUGCUGAACAACAGGAAACUCCUCCUGAUUUCCCCCAGUGGGUGCAGGAGGGAGCAGGGCAGUCCUGGGCAGCAUCCAGGGAUGCUGGAAUGCUGGAUUCAGCUCUAGGCCUCAUGAAAAGCAGGAAAGUGCCCAGGGAGAGCACCUGCCCCAGGCAGAUUUGGGAUGGGCACAGUAUCUUGCCUGUGACCACAGGCAGGAUUUGGAUCCUUUAACCCUGUUAUCAGGUACCGGUGCAGGAGAACAAGAUGGACCCACUUUUGUCCAAACAUUCUUCUCUGAGGCGAAGCUACUUAUUCCCAUAAUUUCAAUGUGUUUAAUUUUUCAGUGAAUUUAUUAUUUUAAGGAAUACUUUUUUUUUAUUAUUUGUAGCUUAUUUCAUGGUGUGGCAGCAGGGGCAGAGCACGGUGAUGACAAAUGCAACCAGGCCCUAUGACAUAUUUUGUAUUUCCACCAAUAAUAUGUACCAUGUAGUGUGUCAUAUUAUGCCAUACUGAUAAUUUUUUUUUAUACGGCAUCUUAAGUGUUUUAUCUUUGAAAUCUUCAAUGAAAGC